AUGCAAAUGGCUAUGCAUCAAAUAAUGACUAACAUGGCAAAUUCUCGAACAUCGUUUGACCAUAAUCCACUGCAAUUACGAACAAUUGAUCAUAGCCCUCCAGCCCCACAAGAAAUGCCUAUACCACCCAAAAAAGUGAAAUUAGCACUUAAUAAACCGAGCAAUAGAACAAAAGUUUUCAAACGUGUUAUAAAAAAGCAUCCACGAAUCAACGAAACGAGUAGUGCAAGCAUUCCAUUACUAUCGUCUCCAUCGAAUGUUAGUGAAAUGAUAACGUCAUCCAUGACUCUACGAUUACCAUUACAAAACGAUAAAUCACCACCAUUAACAGAAUUUUCUGAUGACAGACAUCUUAUCGAACUUGAAAAUCGACCGUUGCCAAAACAUGUAAUGACAACUUAUCUGAGAAAUCCCAGACAUCGUACAGUGACAAUAUUACAUGCAAAAGUUGCACAAAAAUCUUAUGGAAACGAAAAAAGAUUCUUUUGCCCACCGCCAUGUGUUUAUUUAUCUGGUGAGGAAUGGGAUGAUUUACUAGACACAUCUGAUAUGGACACAAAUAAUGAACAAUUAUGCGCUUAUAUCGGAAUUGGUGAACCACUUUUAUGUAUGAAUAAUAGUUCAUCCUCUUCGUCGAAUCAACAAUCAACAUCACAAGAUAUGCAAAUGUUGCAAUUUGAAGGAAAAAAAUAUUGUGCAGCUAAAACAUUAUUUAUAUCCGAUUCGGACAAAAGAAAACAUUUCAAUUUAAACGUCAAAUUAUUUACCACCAAUUCAGGCGAAAUUGGCACAUUUGAUAGUAAAAAAAUUAAAGUUAUAUCAAAACCAUCGAAGAAAAAACAAUCAGUAAAAAAUUCUGAAUUGUGUAUUGCAUCGGGCUCUAAAGUAGCAUUAUUCAAUCGUUUACGGUCCCAAAAUGUUAGCACGCGUUAUUUACAUGUUGAAAACAAUAAUUUUCAUGCAAGUGCUCAUGAAUGGGGAUCAUUUUUUAUACAUUUAAUUGAUGAUGAACAGAGUGAAUCGGAAAAAUUUAGCUGCAAAGAUGGCUUUGUGCAAUAUGGUUCAACUAUUAAACUCGUGUGUUGUGUCACUGGAUUAGCCUUACCAAGACUGAUUGUGAGAAAAGUUGAUAAAAAUCGUGUAUUAUUAGAUUCAGAUGAGCCUGUAUCACAACUUCACAAAUGUGCAUUUUAUUUUAAAGAUUCCGAUUUGUUAUAUUUGUGUUUAGUACAAGAAAAAAUUGUUCAAAGUCCGGCAAGGACAUGUUCAAAAGAACCAUUACGUCAAAUAAUAAAUGAUGGUGCGUGUUGGACAAUAAUAUCGACGGAUAAAGCAGAGUAUACAUGGUAUGAAGCAAUGGGACCAUUACCGUACCAAAUAGCGCCAAUACCUAUCGCUUAUUCACUUUCCGUUAAUGGUGGUGGAGAAGUAGCUAUGAUUGAAAUAACCGGUGAUAAUUUUUUUCCCCAUAUUAAAGUUUGGUUUGGUGAUGUUGAAUCACCGAACACAACGGUUCGUUGUCCACAAACUAUUGUAGCCGUUGUACCAUCGAUAUCAGAUGUUCGUUCUGAUUGGCAAUAUACCAUGCGACAAACUCAAUUACCAAUUUCGUUUGUACGAUGUGAUGGUGUCAUUUUUCUAACCAAUUUAACGUUUACCUAUACACCAGAGCCAGCUAAACGCCUUACUUCACCACACUUAGCACAAAUGAUGACUAAUCGAUCAACAUCUGGACUUUUUAACUCAAUUCAAAAUCGAUUGCAUGAUGAGAUAGACGACGAUAAUCAUAAUUCUUGUACUUCAACAUCGGUAUCUUCGCAAAUGCCCGAUGAAAUGUUUUAA